ACCGCGUGUAUUCAGUGGGAAACAAGUGGCCGUGUGGAUUCUUAAGACAGUCUCUGCGGUGAAUAGAGACACGACAGCGAAACAUUGCUCCUUUAUCAAUAAGCUUCUUUCAAAGAUCAGCAAAUCAGCGAUGAGUGGCGUUACUGACUUUUGGGGCGCGCAACGAGUACGCAUCUGUGAAAAGUUAUUUUUGUAAAAAGACCCGGGAAAUUUUUGAGAAUUCGGCUAAGGAUGUUAGAUAUAAAGAGCUAUUUGCUGCUGCAUUAUUUUGUAUGGACACUUGCACUUGGUAAAUUCUUCACGCCGACAGGUGGUCAAACAACAGUCACUGCGCUAGCCAAUCAUUCUGAUAAACAGGCAUUCAUGCAGGCCAUACGAUACAAGAAAGAUUAUCGUCGUCUGAAAAAACAGGAGGGAGCCAUAAAGCUCGUUGGUGGUGAGAGAGGAGCUUUCGAAGGUAACGUAGAGAUUCUCCAUAAAGGAAGAUGGGGUAACGUCUGCGACGAUGAAUGGGAUGAGUUGGAGGCCAGAGUCGUUUGUGGACAACUGGGAUACAAAGCCUCCAAGGCAUGGCCCACUGGCAAUAGCUAUUUUGGACAUUCAAGAAGACGGUACUGGAUGGAUAAUGUAUUAUGCGACGGCACGGAAUCCGAGUUGGCCAAAUGUCGAUUUGAUGGUUGGGGUAAAACUGACUGCGAGGGAGGCGAGGCCGCCGGUGUAAUUUGUGACCACUUUGGCGAGGAUGUAGAAAUGCAUGACAAUCGAGUGACAGCGAACAUUUCGAAUCUCAUAAAAUUAGAACAACGGAAGAGCAAGAUAAGGGACGUUCAUCAACAAGGAAUUGCUGUUCGAUUGACCGGAUUUCGCCAAGGGCGUAUUGAAAUCAAACUUGGAGAUUCGGAUUGGGGUGUUGUGUGUGGUGAUGGAUGGUCUCUUCUGGAAGCAUCGGUAAUUUGUCGUCAGCUGGGACUUGGCUAUGCCGCCAAAGUUUAUCAGACAAAUUUCUUCGGUGAUAACAGGCUUCCAAUGGCCAUUAGUGGAAUUAAAUGUCACGGAAAUGAGAAAAAUAUUGCCGAGUGUGUACAUGACACCGUUCUUGAUUGCCCUGGUGUCGGAGAAAACGUAGCCGGCGUGACUUGCACGUCCCGCAUAGCCGACCUGGUCCUCGACUCGAUAGAACUUCAACGUACUGCUCACCUGGAGGAUCGACAACUAUUUUGGCUGCAAUGUGCUAUGGAGGAAAAUUGUGUGUCAUCUCAAGCCUACCAAGUGCAGCGAGAGAGUCAGCAGUGGUACUUGGAAAGCCGCAGACUGUUACGUUUCACAGCCCGAAUCUUAAACGCCGGCACCGCGGACUUUCGACCCUCCGUGCCAAAGCAUCUCUGGGAGUGGCACAUGUGUCACAUGCAUUAUCAUUCUAUGGAAGUAUUUGCAACGUUCGACAUCAUUGAUUCAAGUGGAAAAAAAGUAGCUGAAGGUCACAAAGCUUCCUUCUGUUUAGAAGAUAAUCAGUGUUUACCAGGAAUUAAACCAAGAUAUAAAUGUGCUGGUUAUGGAGAUCAGGGAAUAUCCGUAAAUUGCAGCGAUAUUUACAAGUAUAAUAUUGAUUGCCAAUGGAUCGACAUAUCUGAACUAAAUCCAGGAUUAUAUACAUUCAAGGUAGCUGUGAAUCCAGAACUAAAGGUAGGGGAAAUGUCGUUUGACAACAACGCUGCUACGUGCAAGUUACUUUACACUGAUACAUUCGCCAAAGUUCACAGUUGUGUGAUGGGUCAACCCUAAUGGACCACGCGAACAGCAGCGAGAAUACAUAUAUUCACACAUCCAACACGAGACCUGAUUAUGAAUGCCAUUAACGUGGUACUUCUUAUUCGAAACUGUAU